CUCGGAACCUUUUGUCAGAUGGUCGGCAUCGACGGAAGUAGCCACAAGCUUAGUAGCAGCUUUAGAAACGUUUUUUUUAAUUAAAUACUAACAUUUAGUCACCUUUCUUACCUUCAGCUAUUUUGAUCAUUUCUGAUGUGCUUGUUGCCGUUUCAGCGAAAGUGAACGUGGUGUCGCAUUUGAACUUUUCCGUGCAGCCAGGGAAACAUCGUUUCACCUCUUUACCGACUUUUUUGCUGUUUUCUUUCCUUCAGAUUUGAACACGAUGAAUAAAGAAGCCAGACUAAAAGCAACGAUAAACCAGAAACUGACAGAGACGGGGGAACGAGAGAGACUAAAGGAGCUGCUGAGAGCCAAACUCACUGAGUGUGGAUGGAAGGACCAGAUGAAGGCUCAGUGCAAAGAGGUGAUCAAAGAAAAGGGGUUGGAGCAUGUCACGGUGGAGGACCUUGUGGUAGAGAUCACUCCUAAAGGAAGAGCCUUGGUGCCGGAUAGCGUCAAGAAAGAGCUUCUACAGAGAAUAAGAGCCUUCCUUACCCAGCAUGCUUCAUAAUAUGGCUUUUUCCUUAUUUGUUAAUUUUGUUUUUAUUUUUAUUUAGAUUCACAUAAAUCCAAAUACAUUUUAGAAUAUGUUGGAAGUGGUCACUGGCCAGUUGUUAUUUUCUUAUCCUUUGAUUUCAGUCAUUUCAUGUUUCUAAUGGUCUAAUAGUUACAUUUUUGUAAACGCAAAAGCUGCUUAAAUAAAGCUCUUGAUUUGCUGGACAAA